AUGAAUCCGUUUCCGGUCCAAGAAGGUGAUCCACCAUCAUCACCACCAAAACCAAUCGAAGGAUUGCAUGAGAUCGGACCGCCUCCAUUUCUAGUCAAGACAUUCGAGAUUGUGGAGGAUCCAAGCACAGACCACAUCGUGUCUUGGAACAGAGGAGGCACUAGUUUUGUCGUCUGGGAUUUGCAUUCAUUCUCUGAGUUUCUGCUCCCUCGUCACUUCAAACACAGCAACUUCUCAAGCUUCAUCAGACAACUCAACACUUACGGUUUUAGAAAGAUAGAAGCAGAGAGGUGGGAGUUUGCAAACGAAGGGUUCCUUGUUGAAGUAAGCUUGAGAGAAGCUUGA